GCCCUCGGGCAGUACGGCUGGCUGGUCAUCUCGGUGCUCGGCGCCGCCGCCGUGGGCGUGGCGGCGUCCGUGGCGCGGGGCCGCCUGCGGCGGCGGCAGCUGAAGGAGAUGCAGUGCGCAAGACGGUGGCAGUCCAGAGCAUCGCGAGGGAGGCGGAGGAGACGAUGCGGUGCCUGCCCGCGGGCCGGGAGCUCAUGGAGACGGCCACGGACAGGGUGUUCCACUGGCUCGCGAAGAGCCCGCGGACGGGCAGCCCCUGCUUCAACGCCCUGCAGAGGUACUUCCCCAACGCACUGCCCUCGAAGGCGGUCUUGAACAGAUUCAGGUCGGUGCUCGAGGAGGAGUUCGGCUUCAUAGCAGAGAAGACGCUGCUUGGGUCUUCGUUCUGCCCGGACGAGAUCAAUAACCAGGAGCGAGAUCUCCCCACGUUGAUGCGGAAGUACUACGGCAAGGUUUUUCCCAUGGGAGGCAUCGGCGGAGUGCCCUACGUGGGCGAGACCGGCUUUGCUGCCUUCUCGAGCCACGUGGCGGACAAUGGUGACAUUAUCGUGGUGUUCGGGCCGCAUGUCGGCAUCUCCGUGGAGGGCGAGGUGGGGCAAACCCUCCGGGGGGGCCAAGCGGAGUGCAGCACUGCUUGCGGAGCUGUGAUCGGCGCCUACAACGCGUGCCUCGGGGCCAGAGUCAAGAAUGUAGACUUCGACGAGUCUGACAUGCAGAUGAGCGAGAUCAAGCAGGAGUUCACGGCGCAUGCGGAGAGGCUCUCAGCGACCGAGAACCCAAUGGUGUCGUGCGCUUUCCAGGCAUACGAGAUGGUGAAGGACCGCAUGCUCAAGAUCGUGAACACAAAGUUCGGUAGCGGUCGCUUGGUACUGAUCGGUGGUAUCCAGGUCAACUUGCCGUAUCCACAGCUCGUGGACCAUUUCCUGCCUCUCAUGUUCGAAGUGCGCCAGGAGGGGAAGGCGCCGAUCGACCUGCUCGACCGUUUCUCCAAUGAGUCCCUCCUCCAGGACCUCAAGACCUCUCCAGAGGGCGCGGUGGGCUCACAGCGCGAGGUCUUCGCGUGGCUGACCUGGAGCCCUCCGCCGACUGCUCCAGUCUACCAGGCCCUCCACAGGCACUUCCCCGGGGCCCUGCCAGGCCAGGCGGUGCACGGCCGUGUGGUUCGCGUGCUGCAGAAGUACGGCUUCACCACCGAUAGCACGCUGCUUGGCACGUCCUUCUGCCCCGACGAGGUCAACAGCAAACCCGGCAGCAUGUCCGUGCUCAUGCAGGACUACUGGGGGGAUGUCUUCCCGAUGGGUGGCAUCAGCGGAACGCCCUUCUCCGGCAAGACUGGCUUCGCGGCCUUCUCGAGCCACGUGGCCACCGACGGCCAUAUCCUCGUCGCUUUCGGGCCCCACGUCGGAAUCACCGCAGACGGAGAGGUGGGCAAGUGCCUCCGCCGAGGACAGAGCGGCCCAUCGACCGCGUGCGGGGCCGUGAUCGGCGCGUACAACGCGGCGAGAAGCAGCAGCGGGACGCCCUCUGGCGGCGGGGCGUCGUACGACCUGCAGAUGGAUUUCGUGAAGGCGAAGAUCGGGGCAGUGGCCUCGGCGGUCUCGGCCGCCGAGGAUCCCAUGGCCGCGCUCGCCCACGAGUCGUACAGCAUGGUGGAGCGGACGAUGUUCGAGGUGGUCAACAACGAGUUCGGCAGCGGAUACCUCGCCCUCCUCGGCGGGAUCCAGAUCAACAUGCCCGAGCCCUACGAGGACCACUUCUACCCCUGCACCUUCGAGCUGCGCCGGGCGGGGGAGCCCACGGUCGACCUCGUGUCGGAGCUGCGGGAGUUCAGCUAG